AUGUGCGGGAGUCUCUACUCCAUUUUAAAAGCCCUGGAUCAGCACAUUAUGCAGCACCAGGUCGAGCAUCAAACCAAAUUCGCAUCCCAGCUACAAGCCAUUGGCGCCCCAAAUCGACGUCUCCGGAUCGCCAGCGACGCCGAGCAACUCAUCCCUCCCGAAUCACAGGCCCUCCCGAAAAAAGCGAUGGCCAUCUUCCGUCACUCGAUAGCGCCGCUCCGCGCGGUGCGAUGCGCCCGCCAGCCCGCCGCCGCCGCCGCACGCAGCUUCUCUGUCAGCGCCAACCGACGUGGCGGCGGUCACGGCAGUGAGUCCCAGUUCGAGCCCCCCAGCGGCUGGCUCUGGGGCAUUAAGCCUGGCGAGAAGCCCGAGCCCGAGGGCUGGGAGUGGCCAAUGUAUUUCUUUUGCGGCAGUUUUGUCGUUGCCGGCGUGGCCCUUGCUUUCAAGCCCGACACGAGCGUCUCGACCUGGGCUCUUGAGGAGGCUCGCAGAAGAUUAGAAGCUGAGGGUGUCUUGCCCGACCCCACGGCGUCCCAAGAGAAGAAGUGA